ACCCCUGUUGGUAUUUUUGUUGUAUUGUUCCGUUGUUGUAUUGUGUUGCCUGACGCUGUAUUUUGUAUUGCAGCCUCGGUGGGCAGCGUGGAGGAGCAGCACAGCCCGGCGAGCGUGGGGGACCACCCCUCCCUCCCCCAACACCACCCCCACCACCACCUCCACCCUACCCCGGCCUCCACCCCAGUACACCAGGAGGCCGUGAAGCAGGAGGUGCAGGAGGCCACAGGCAGCCCCCGAGGUCCGUCCCCUGGGGUGCUGGUCAGCCCCUGCGGCUCCCCUGGGGAGAGUGGAGGUGACACCACCAUGUUCCCCCACCAGGCGGCGGCGGCGGCGGCGGGCGGCAACCCGCAGACUACAGAGAGCCAGAAACUACAGUACCGUGGAUCAUUCACGACGGCGUCGCAGGUGGGGGGCCUCGGGGGCCCUCAGGUGACCACGCCCUCCCCCACCACCCUCAACGCCUGGGUCUUCCCCAACACCUCGCACGACAAGACCUCCGUCUUCACCCCCAUCCUGGGCUUCCUGCAGCAGCCCGCCAGCACCAGCCAGCAGGGCCUGCCCGACCCCUCCGUCUCCGUCGCCGGCGGCUUCUCCGCCACCGGUUACGACGACCGGUUGCCGGCCCUCUCUCUCUCCACCACAGAUCUCCUCCUGCCCUUCGACACGCAGCCCGUAGCCCUCAAGCAGCCCCCCACCUACUCCUCCUGCUCCUCCGCCUCCGUCGUCACCACCACCUCCCUCACCACCGCUCAGCUCCAGCAGCAGCAACAGCAGCAGCAGCAGCUGCCCAUACAAGGAACACAGCAGCAGCCCCAACAACAGUCUCAACCUCAGCCCCAGCAGCAGCAGCAGCAACAGCAGCAGCAGCAGCUGGCGGGGGUGGGUCAGGGGGCGACGCAGGUGGACUUCAGCCGGGGCAUGGUGGGUAACCUGGGCACCAAGUUCCAGUACCCAGUAGCCAGCUUCCCGGCGCAGGUGUCGUACAGCGUGGGGGGCGUGGCGGAGCCCGUGCCCGGGCCCUCGGGCGUGGUGGUGCCCAAGCAGGAGCCGCUGUACCAGGACGCCGCGUCCCUGGCCGAGUACAACCAGUCCACCAGCAAGGGGCACGAGAUCCUGUCCCAGGUGUACCAGCAGAGCCCGCUGCCCCUCAAGCUGCUGCCCGUCAAGCCCCGCAAGUACCCCAACAGACCCAGCAAGACGCCCGUCCACGAGCGGCCCUACGCCUGUCCGGUCGAGAACUGCGACAGACGGUUCUCGCGCUCGGAUGAGCUGACGCGACAUAUCCGGAUCCACACGGGACAGAAGCCCUUUCAGUGUAGAAUCUGCAUGAGGUCGUUCUCGCGGUCGGAUCACCUGACGACGCACAUACGGACGCACACGGGGGAGAAGCCCUUCUGCUGCGACGUCUGCUCCAGAAAGUUCGCGCGCUCCGACGAGAAGAAGAGACACGCCAAAGUUCACCUCAAACAAAAGUUAAAAAAAGUGAGUGGGAGUUCGCCGAGUGCGCCGCCUCCAGCCUCCAGUAGUACCACCAGUGUUGCCCUUGCAGCUGCAGGCGCUAGCUCACAGCAGCAGCAGCAACAGCAACAACAGCCACACCUCCAGCAGACCCCGGCGCAGCAACAGCAGCAACCCGGAGUUCAAGUCCACCACCAGCAGCAGCAGCAGCAGCAACAGUCAGCGCAGCAGCAGCAGCAGCAGCAGCAGCUGGUGACGGCGGGGGUUGUAGGGGCGGGCGGCGUGGUGGUCACGACGGUGUAGACAACCAUCCACCUCACUUCUCCAUAAGACAUUUUUUUACAAGCUUUAACUAAGCUUUAUGGGCGGGUGAGGGCGGUGUGCGGGCCAGGUGUGGGCGGGGCGGGUGUAGCGGCCUCCACGCGCCACGCCCGCAUAACUCCUCCAUUAACCAGUAACUCGGUAACACCAGCGGCGGCCGCCGGCCAUCUCCGCUCCCCCUGUGUCUCGCCUCCCCCGUGUCACCCCCCCCCCCCCUCAACCCACUAUUUUUGUAUAAUAAACAGUGGCGGAGAGCCUCGUGUCAGCGGGCUCCCCCCCUCUCCUCUGCUGCUAAGUCAACUCUUGUGUGUGUGUUAUUAAUGGGGGGAAGAGGGCUCUCAGCGCCCCCCGCCCCCCCCCCCCUCACUGACUGAGAGGCGUCGCCUUGGCCUAAGGUCUCCUCGGUGCCCCCCCCCACCCCCCGUGACUUUCUUGUGACAGUGUUGCCGUGCCAUACAUAACCUGAACUGUGUCAAGUGUCAGUGCCAUCAUUCCUUCCCCACCUGGAGCGAGAGGGCGGUGCCCAGAGAGCCCUCCCCGCCCCCCCUCACCCCACACGCGCACGUCACGGGCCCGACUCUGACGUAAUGGGUCAGGCUGUGAGGUCAUUGGUCAGGCUUUUAGUAUCGUCAGUGGUCAGAUGUCAUUGGCCGAAAUUGCAUGCCACUGACCGGGCCGUUGUCAUUGGUCAGGACACAUGAUGAUGUCACUAGCAGAAAGGUUGGCACUGGAACGACCGAUGACGUCAUAGACCUGGCUCUGUUGUCAUUGGUCAAGCCGUGUGACGUCACUGACCAGGCUGUGCUCCUCAAUCGUUGUUUUCUAAUAUUUGGAAUGCCAUGUGAUGUUAGAUUGUGAUUUGUGUUCGUCAUUAUUGUGAUCUGUAGCUGUCAACUUUUAUUUAUAUUUUUCUACGUGAAUUUUACGUCCGAAACGAGAGGAAUAUUGAAAACUUAAAAAAAAAAAGGUCUUUGAACUGACUGCCUUGUCACUAUCUCCCCCUCCCUCCCCCCCCCCCGUAUCCCUGGGGCUACCUGUCUUUCUUCCCCGUAGGUAGGCUCCCCCGUCUCCCUAUUCUAGGUAGAGUCUCUCCCUGUCCGGGUAGACUGUCUCUGUAGCUUCCCAAGGGUUGACCACCUGCCCUUUUUAAGAGACCAUCUCUCUUCCUCAGGGUGAUAACAUUAGAAACUAAAACAAGACAAUGUAGAGACCGUCUUCCCCCCCUUGUGGCGGGGGGCGACACCGAGGGGAGAGCACAUAUACCAGUGGGUAGAGAGAGAGAGAGAGGGAGAGAGAGGGGAAAGUGUUGUCCCCGGGCAGGAGAGACGCGCUAGGGUAUUGCCCUCACCCUACUACUGACUGUGUCGAGGGUGGCACAAAGUUGGUGACGAGCAGGUGUUUAGUAGUAGCAGACAGCUCCACUCCAGGUAAGCUUGCCUAGGAAACCCAAUCGAUCUAACCAGAGUCCAGCCAAGCUUAACUGGAAUUCAGCUAAACUUACCCGGAAUCCAGCCACAGUGAGCCAGAUUUUUGUAGAGUGAUCAGCUCUGAUAAAAGAAUCUGCUGUAUGUAUAU